AUGGGCAACAGUCCCUCCAAGAGUCCGCCAGGAAACCCGCACGCUCAGUCAGCGGGACCUCACAAUGCGCCCAGUCAAGAGCGAAGGGUGAACAGGCGGACCUCAAUCAAUGCACUAUCCGGCACAAAAGCGAGUGCAGCAGACCCUUCCGCCUCCAAAGAGAGCGCUACAGGGCAACCGGCAUCUCACGGCGCAGCCACAGUGCAACAACGUCUACAGUCGCGAAAUCUUGCCCAUGCAACCCAGAAUAUCUAUGAUGUGCCAGACAGAAGCAAUAGAAAGGGGGUUGACAGUCGCUAUCAAUCUGGAACGGCUGUAGAGACCUCCAGUCCUGUCCAAGUUCCCUCAGCAACAAAUCGUUCGAUCCCAAGGCGAGAUGAAGGCUAUAUGCCCACUGCCUCGUCGGCCAAUCCUUCGAAUACAUACUAUUCGGCAUCUCACCUUCAGAGGCCGCCUCGGUUGCCCCUCCCUAUCGGAGAUGCCAAUGCCACGCCAUGUUCACCGGUCAUGGCACCGGUGGAUUCCCAGGCAGAUUCAGAACCAAUUGAACCACUGGACAAUAAAUUACCUACAGCAACAAUAUCCCUUGAUGACAUGCACGUCGAUGAAGAUGAAGUCGAAGAUGAAAUGCUGGCUUAUGCCAUGCAUGGGCCGGGCAGCAAAGCUGUGCCAACUGUGAUUGAAUGGGGAGGUCCUGGAGACCAGGUAUUUGUUACCGGUACUUUCGUGAACUGGGAGAAGAAAUUCAGAUUACAUAAAAGUGAAGCGGAUGACAAUAUCAAGACAACCAUUUUGCAUCUUCGACCAGGAACUCACCAUCUCAAAUUCAUUGUCGAUGGAGAUAUGCGAGCUUCGGAUAACCUCCCAACUGCUGUUGAUUUCACGAAUCACUUGGUCAAUUAUAUUGAGGUCGUCGCGGAUGAUUUCCGGGGGCAAAGAUCGCGUCGUGAGAGUGACCGAGCCAUAAAGGCCAUAGUAUCUACAGGCGUUCAUCCACCACAAGUACUUCCCGACAAAUUGACCGCGCAAACCCAAGAAGCUUUGGAGAGAGAAGAAGCCGAGGAACCCGAAGAGGAAAUACCAAUGGGAAACUUCCGCGACACGGUUCCUCAGUUUCUGGUCGACAUUGAUAGAGAAGACGAAGGUGCGGAAUACCAAAGAGCUGCAAAUGUCAUCGCCGAUGCUACCACUCCACCAAUUUUACCUCUUUUCUUGGGCAGGUCUAUCUUGAACGGAACAACCCCAAUGAAAGACGACAAUAGUGUCUUGAAUUACCCAAAUCACACUGUCCUAAAUCAUCUUGCUACAAGCAGUAUCAAGAAUGGUGUUCUGGCUACUAGUGUUACGACGCGAUACAAGCGAAAGUAUGUUACCACUAUUUUGUAUAAGCCGACUGGUGACGGUGUAUGA